UCUAAUUAGCCAACUUCUUUCUUGGUUUGCUCAGUUCCGCGUUCUCACCCAAGCUUAUCGCCACUCACCGGAGGCACGACUUGAUCCUCUUUGCUUCAACAGACUUCAACAGGCUCGAGCUCAGUCCAGGGAACGCUAGAUCUGACAAGGGAAGAAUAAGGAAGCAUACAGUCACUUCUUGAUGCCGAUGAGCACUUCGAAAGCGCACGUGGAUCGAAAGGUUUAUCACACUUAAAACUGUGAUCAUACCAUUGGUUAGUGUGUUUAAUUAUUGCUUUCAGGUUACUUUGUAAGUGAAAUUGAAAACAAUACACCGGCACCACAAUACCUAUUGAAUAGCUGUGCCCUGAAACAGCUUGAUCAACAGGUGUGAAGGCCGCAGAACAAGGAGUACCGGCGCCCUGCACCUGCACUCUUUACCGGCGCCCUGCACCUGCACUCUUUACCGGCGCCCUGCACCUGCACUCUUUACCGGCGCCCUGCACCUGCACUCUUUACCGGUGCCCUGCACCUGCACUCUUUACCGGCACCCUGCACCUGCACUCUUUACCGGCGCCCUGCACCUGCACUCUUUACCGACGAGCACAGGUGCUACUGUAGCCUCAAAAGUUGGCAACAUACUGCGACAGGGUCAGCAACAAAAGAGGAAAACAAAACAAAAAUCAGAUCGACAGAUAUAAAGAAAAACAAGUGACUGAGAGAAAGAGAGAGAGGGAGGGACAUAGAGAGAGAGAGAGAGAGAGAGAGAGAGAGAGAGAGAGAGAGAGAGAGAGAGAGAGAGAGAGAGAGAGAGAGAGAGAGACACCCCCUGGAGAAUAGCAGAAGACCCGGCCCCCGGCCUGAUUGUGAGAGAGAGAGGGUGAGGGAGCGUUUUAAAGCCGGCACAGGCAUGAUGUCCUACAUUAAGCAGCCUCAUUACGCCGUGAACGGGUUAACUCUGUCUGGCCCGGGCAUGGAUCUACUACACUCUGCCGUCGGAUACCCAAACAUCCCCAGAAAGCAGCGUCGGGAAAGGACCACGUUUACGCGCGCGCAGUUGGACAUCCUGGAGGCACUGUUUUCCAAGACGCGCUACCCCGACAUCUUCAUGAGAGAAGAAGUGGCCCUUAAGAUCAACCUACCAGAGUCUCGUGUACAGGUAUGGUUCAAGAACCGCCGUGCUAAAUGCCGCCAGCAGGCGCAGCAGAGCACGGGCCAGUCUAAACCUCGUCCACCCAAGAAGAAGGCCUCUCCAGCCCGGGAGGCCAACUCUGAGGCCAGUGUCAACACCAACGGGUCCUACAGUCCAGCACCGCUUCCCCUUGGCACCACCAUCACCCCCAGCUCCAGCAGUGCCAACGCGACCGUGUCCAUUUGGAGCCCUGCCUCCAUCUCCCCGCUGCCAGAUCCACUGUCAGCCUCCACCACGCCCUGCAUGCAGCGCUCCUCUGCCUACCCCAUGACCUACACCCAGGCCCCGGCCUACACCCAGAGCUACGCAGGCUCAUCCUCCUACUUCACUGGCCUGGACUGCAGCUCCUACCUGUCUCCCAUGCACUCACAGCUCUCCGCCACAGGGGGCGCCCUCAGCCCCAUCACCUCUAUGGGCGGGCACCUAAGCCAGUCCCCCUCUCUGUCCUCACAGGGCUACACAGCCGCCUCGCUGGGCUUCGGGGCCAUCGACUGCCUGGACUACAAGGACCAAGCUGCCUCCUGGAAACUCAACUUCAAUGCAGCUGACUGCCUGGACUACAAAGACCAGAACUCCUGGAAGUUUCAGGUCUUGUAGGGGGGAGGAGGUAAGGAAGGGACCAGCCAGGAGAAGCUCCCAUUCCAUUCAGUGUUAAAGACUUGGACACAUAGAUGGUCAACUAAUCAUUUCAGUCCAUGAACUCAUUGACUGAGUAAUAUGUCAUUAUUUUUUGUGUUAUGGAAAGCAAUGUGGAAGCAGAUCCAAUGAUGUUGGACUUUGUGAUUGUUGGGAAGGUGACAAGAAAUCAAUGAUCACAUCAAUAUUGUUAAAUCUAUUAUAUCCAAUCAAUACAGCAUUAACAAUGUGAGGAUGCACAAUCAAUGGGACAUUAAAGUAAUAAAGAUAGUAAUAUAGAAUUGAUGACAAACAAAUCAACAUGUAAAAAGAUAAUUGAGAUACUAAAAUUGAAAACCGAUUUUAUUAAAAAGGACUACAUACCACACUAUUGAAAGCAAUACCCGUAGAAUGAAAUUGAAUAGAUUUAUAAUUUGAUGAUUACCAUGAGAAAAAAACUGCAUCAUUGACAAUGUUCCAUUCUUGUAUUCCAUAAUCAGGGUUUUGUGAACCAAAUGAACAGAGAUUGCAACUUGAAGGGUGAAUGGAGUAUCAAUUCGAUGGCGAGAAUGAACAAUUGAUUUAAAUAGAGAAGAAAAGAGAAAAAGGAGAUUCAAAUAUUGGUUUCAAUGGAUCCCAUCGUUCAGGUAGCUGAUAGUCAACCCCAAGUUGAUUUCUGAACAAGAUCUGUCACUCCUUUAGUGGUCUUGUUGUGCUUAAUGGUAACUGAAAACUAGAAAGGAAAAGUGGAAUUCAACCCCCAAGAUGGGUGGGCUGGCCUUGACUUUUGACCAAAUUUGAUCCAGUGGUUAUUUUUGUCAUUACUUCAGAACAAUUGAAAGUUGUGUACAUUGUAAUGAAGAAAAUGACUCUGCCUUGAAUUUGAUAUUGAACAAACAUAGGGAGUUCCAGCCAUAGGUGAAGACUGACUCCAAUGGGGACAAUGUUGUUUUCUUUUUCCCUCUGUCAUUUGUUUUAUGGUUUAUUUUUGUUAUGAAGCUGCUUUUCAUAUUUGGUGAACUGAGAGAUCCUGGAGCCAAACAGACACACAGGCAGACACACAGACGUGCAUGUGUUUCUCAAUAAGCCAGAGGGGAUGGGUAAAGCAAGGAUAACCUUUGGUACUGUCAAGUAGAGACCUUAGGCUAUCGUUGUAUCCUUUUCCCCAGUAGCUUUGAAGGGAGGG